AUUAUUUCCGUGCAUGAGAUUGAGAGACAUUAUCACGGUUUUAUUUCACAAUAUUUGAUAAGUUCGUGGAAGAGAACAGUUAUAACGGUUGAACUUUUGUUAGUAUUGUUAUAAGAUAAAGAGAAAUUCAAAAUGUCGAUUUAUCCCUCAUUAGAAGAUAUGAAAGUUGAUCAACUUCAUCAAGCUCAAAUUCAGCAUGAAAGAUCAACAAAUCAAAUGCCACAGCUGGUGUAUCCUCAGGCAACAGGGUCAGCUCCUCUUGCUCCAGUACAGGAAGUUCCAAGAUCAGUUUCACCUUCUCUUUACCCAUCAUUAGGAGAAUAUAUGGGGCUUCAACUUCCACCAGAAAUGGUGCAAGAAAUGCAAGUAGCAAAUGUUACACCUAUGCCAGUGGCAGUGCCAACACAAGGCGGUAAGACUGUAGUUGCUCCUAUAACUGGUAACAAUAAAGGCCUAGCCAGAGCUGAAAUUAAACAUGGUAUUCGACCAGUUAUUCUAUGUAAAGAUGAGAAUGGUAAAUUGGGACUCCGAGUCAGACAUGUUAAUAAUGGUUUGUUUGUGGCUUUAGUCCAGAAUAACAGUCCAGCUGCUCUAGCAGGAUUAAGAUUUGGUGAUCAGAUUUUACAGAUUGACGGUAAGACAGUAGCUGGCUGGGAUAAUGAUAAAGCUCAUAAGGUGUUUAAAGCAGCUGAUCCACGAAGAAUUGAAUUAGCUGUCCGAGACAGACCAUUUGAAAGAACUAUAACUCUACAGAAAGACAGUGUGGGAUAUAUUGGAUUUGUUUUUAAUAAUGGUCGUAUUAAAUCAUUAGUCAAAGAUUCCUCUGCAGCCAGGAAUGGUGUGUUAACAGAUCAUCAACUUAUUGAAGUCAAUGGUCAAAAUGUAGUUGGUUUAAAGGACACUGAAAUUGGUGAAAUAAUAGAUGCUGGAGGUAGAACUGUCACAAUUACUAUCAUGCCUUGUUUUGUAUAUGAUCACAUUAAAAAGUGCAUGGGAAACAGUUUGAUCAAGAAAUUAAUGGAUCACUCAAUACCCGAUUUGUAAAGAUUCAGUUUAUCUUUGAACCAAACUACACAUUUCAAUCUAGGAUGAUAUCUUCAUAGUUCUAUGUACAUGCACUUUUCAUCUAAUAUUUAUAUUAAUGACAGUGCUAUGCUUUACAUAUAUUGCAUGUGAACUAUAUUUGAAAUAUAAAAAACUAUACAAACAUCAUUCAUCUUGCACUGUUGUGUUGCCAGUCAAAUCUUGAAGAUGUCCAUAUGCAAUGCUAUUUUAUGUCAUUCAAAACAAGCUAUACUUAUGAUGUAGUCAAAUUUUGCGCCAAAGUUCACCCAAUACAAUGUUUGAUUAUGUGUUAUAUUGCGUAGUGACAGUCAUAAGGAAUUUGUUUCAAAAAUAUAAAACAUUAUUUUAUUUGGUUAGUUUGUUUGUAAUUUUAAUCAGAUAUUAAUUUUGAUUUUCAUGUGUUAUUUUGUAAUCUAAAAAUUUUGUCAAAAAGAUCUUGAAAUUGGUUAUUAAAUUUUUGUUAUUGAUAUUUAGAUGUGUCUUUUGUAUUUGAAUUGAAUUUUUAGAAUUUUUUAGCAAAAUUUUGUGUUGUCUCAAAUGACAUAUAUUACUUUGAAAAAAAUUCUACUUUUUGAAAAAAAGACAAAAUCAAAAGAUGAUUUAAUAGCAGAAAAUGUCUCAUUUUAUAAUAGCCAUUUUGUUUUUUUGUGUUCUUACUAUUUCUAUAAUGAAGUCCAGCAGCAAAAUAUGAGAUAUUUUACCCACCUUUGUCAUAAUGUAAUGUAUAAAAUUGUGAUAUAUAUGUAAAUAGUGAUAUUAUUAAUUAUUGUGAUAACAGCUUUGUCAAUUGCAAUUUUCCUAUUCUAGUUUUUCUGUAUAGAAACCAGAAACAUUUCAUCCUGUAGCCUGUUUACAUGAAGCAUUUUUGAUUGUAUAGAAAUUAACCUUUUAGUCAUAGAUUCAUUUCAAUCUGCAAAUGAUAUGAAAAUUUGCAUUAACUAAUCAAAUCAAUAGACUAUGCCAUAUGAUGUCAAAAUUGCUCCUCGCAUGCAUUUACAUCAAAAUUCAAUAUCUUAUCGAAAUUGUAUUAUAACUUAUAUCAUAUUGCCCAUGUGGAUAAUUCCCAUUGUGUAAACAGAAUAGGAGGACAAUGGUAUUUAAGGCAAGCAUGUUUCUGGUGGUUAUUUUUCAAAUUAUUGCUAAAAUGAUGGCUUGUAUAUGUACAUAAAUACAUUUUUUAUUGCUUUUAGUUUUUGUUAUGAUCAUAAAUAAUGUGAUUAGACCACAGCUUUAGUCUAAACCUUAUUGUUAUUUUCUAUUCUAAAUUUUCUUCACAGUAGCUUCAUUUUUUGAACCUUGUUCACAGCAAUUUUAUAUUCUGAACCUUGUUCACAGUUAUUGUCUAUUCUGAACCUUAUUCUCAGUAGCUUCCUUUUCUACAUCUUUUUCACAGUAGCCUCAAUUCUGAAACUUAUUCAGUUAUUUUCUUUUCUGAUCCUUGUUCACAACAAUUUUCUAUUCUGAACUUUAUUCACAGUAGAUUCAAUUCUGAACCUUAUUUACAGUAACAGUUAAGAAAUAUUUUCUGCAGAUUUAGAUCCAAAAUUUAGUCUUAGGAAUAAUAAUAAAAUAUGAAAUUAAUAUCAUAAAUCGUAUCAUCAUUGGGAAUCACAUAAUUAUUUUAGACUCAGUUGCUUUAGUUUAUGUAUUCACUUUAUAUAGAUAUUAAAUAGACCUGUUUAAUUUUUUAUUAUAGCACAAUUUUUGCAUACAUCAUAUUGUUAUAUUUUAAGUUGUUAUAUAUUGUGAAUAAUACUAUUCAAAUACAAACAUGUUGUUUAUUUCUUAUCAACCAAUAAUUUGUGAGUUCGAUUAAAACUUAAUUGCAAUGAAAUCAUUAAAGGGAAUAUAUAAUGUGUAUCUGGG